AAACCAAAUAAAUUCGAUGGCUACACCCAAGCCCUAAGGUUAAAAGAAUUUAGCCACUAAACAUUAUCAAAAAUAAUUCAAUAAUGUUUAGGGACAUCAUCAAAAAAUUUGAAAUUUAAUAAACAAAACAAAAACAAUGAAACCCGCAAGAAGAACAAUGCCGCCGAAAAGCUCCCCGGUUGCCGCUUAUUGAUGAUGCAUGCAAGAGAUUGGCAGGGAACUUGAGUUGCUGGUUUGCUGCGUCACGGAGGAAAGAAGGUGGCCUCGGUGGUGGCUAUGGGAUGAUGAUGGUGAUGCGCGGUGAUGAAGCUCCUGCUUGGCGUGAAUGAUGGUGCGUGGAGGUCGGCGGGAUGAUGAUGAUGGCUUUGGUGAUGAAGUAGCAGCAGGAAGGUGAUGAUCUGCGUGAGGUCAAGGUGGAGCAGCAGUGGGUUGUUUGCUUUGGUGGUGCAUGGGAGUUGAGCAAGGAAGCAAGGUGGAGAAAGAGGAGAAGCUGUCUGUUUGAGGUGGUGCUUGGUUGCUACGGUGGUGAGGCAGAGGUGCUGCGUGGUGAUGGAGGAAGUUGCAGCGGCAAGAAGGUGAAGGUGGAGGUCGGCGGAGGGAGUUUUGCAGUCGUGAGGGUUUCGGUGCUUAAUUACCCAGGAGGAGAGGUAAAAUUCAUCUCCAAAUUAAAUAUCUUACCUGAAUCCCAAGAGGAAAGAAUCCAUUGCUACAGAAUCCUCGAUGAUGAUGGUGUACCAACCACUAACCAUUUUGAAAAGGUAAGUGAAGAGUUUGCCAUUAAAAUAUACAGAAAAAUGGUGGCACUCAGAACUAUGGACUCUAUCUUUUCAGAAGCUCAAAAGGAAGGAAAAAUAUCAUUUUAUCUUACUACCGAAGGGGAAGAAGCCAUUAAUGUAGCAUCUGCAGCUGCACUGCAAAUGGAUGAUCCCGUCUUCCCUCAGUAUAGGGAGGCUGGAGUUCUGUUGUGGAGAGGAUUCACUUUGCGAGAUUUCGCAAACCAAUGUUUUGGAAACAGUAAUGAUUGGAACAAAGGCCGUCAAAUGCCCAUACAUUAUGGCUCCAAUAAGUUCAACUAUUUUACCGUUUCCUCCACAAUUGCUGCUCAAGUUCCUCACGCUGUUGGGGCUGCUUAUUCGCUUAAAAUGGAUGGUUCAAAUGCUUGCGCUGUAACCUACUUUGGAGAAGGUGGCACUAGCACGGGAGAUUUCCAUGGUGCUAUAAAUUUUGCAGCAGUAUUGGAGACACCAUUAAUUCUUUUUUGUCGGAAUAAUGGAUGGGCAAUCAGUACUCCAGUCGCUGAACAGUUUCGCUGUGACGGGGUUGCGGUAAAAGGAGAAGGAUAUGGGGUUGUAAGUAUUAGGGUUGAUGGGAAUGACGCUCUUGCGAUUUAUAAUGCCGUUCGAGUUGCUCGCCAAAUUGCUACCACUCAGCAGCGACCCGUUUUGAUUGAGGCUCUUACGUAUAGAUCUGGGAAUCACACUACCUUAGAUGAUUCAACUAGAUACCGUUCAGAUGAGGAAUCAAAAUGGUGGAAAGUGACCCAGGAUCCGGUCACCCGAUUUAGGAAAUGGCUUGAAUAUGAAAAUUGGUGGAAUCCUAUUGUUGAGGAAGAACUGGUGGCCAACUUAAAGAUUCAGGUAUUAGAAGCAAUUGAAGAUGCUGAAAAGAUCGAAAAACCUUCAAUUGAUGAUAUUUUUACAGAUGUGUAUGACACUUCUCCAACCAAUCUUCAGGAGCAAGAGGCAUUGUUGAAGCAAACAAUCAAGAAAGAUCCUCACGAAUACCCUUCAAACUUUAAAAAUUUCAACACUACUACUAAAAAUUAGUGAAUUAUACAGCGGAUAUUGUUGUUUUCGCUACGAAUAAUGAAGCAGAUCUGGACAUAAAUUCUCUUAUGUUUUGUUGAUGAUCAAUGGAUGUAUUGUGGGCACUCUGUGUGUAUAAACUUAUUAAGUUAUUCAUGAUCUACGUAAAAUUUAUAUUCUUUCCGUCACCCG